CAGGAGUAGUAUUGUGGAGAGACCUUCAAUUCGGAAAAGCAGCCAGCAGAAAGAAAAAAGAGAAAAAAUGACAGCCAAAUGUUUUAAAACCCUGUAUGUCAUUUAAUUUGAUAAAAACUACUUCUAAUUUUUGUCGUAAUUUAAAAAGUGGAAGAAUAAAGAUGGGACUUUUAACAGUAUUAAAGAAAUUAAAACAAAAGGAAAAAGAAAUGAGAAUUCUUAUGUUAGGCUUAGAUAAUGCAGGGAAGACGACAGUUUUAAAAAGGAUAAACGGGGAACCAAUAGAUACAAUUUCACCAACGCUAGGAUUUAACAUUAAGACUUUGGAACAUCGUGGUUAUAAAUUAAAUGUAUGGGACGUUGGUGGACAAAAAUCAUUACGAUCCUAUUGGAGAAAUUACUUUGAAUGUACGGAUGGUCUAAUUUGGGUCGUGGAUAGCGCAGACAGAAGGAGACUCGAGGACUGUAAAGUCGAAUUGCACAAACUUUUGCAAGAAGAAAGAUUAGAAGGUGCUAGUUUGUUAGUUCUCGCUAAUAAACAAGAUUUGACUGGUGCACUUUCGGCACCGGAAAUCGCGGAUGUGUUAGAAUUGCCGAAUAUUAAGUCCCAUCAUUGGCAAAUUUUUAAAUGUUCCGCCGUUUCUGCUGAAAACUUAGUUGAGGGUAUUAAUUGGAUCCUUGAUGACAUUGCAGCAAGAAUAUUUUAUUUGGAUUAAUUGAAAUGUUUAUGUUAAAAAGAAAAAAAUCGUUAUCUUAACAACUUUUCUUUAAAUUCAUGUUACAAGAGCUUCUAAAUUUAUUCGAAACCCAAUUUAACUUUCCAAGUGCAACAAGAAGAAUAAAAUAAUUUGUAAAUUAUAGAUAUUUAAAAAUAUUAAUUAGUUUAAAAAUUUCAAAUAUCUGAAACUUUAAGUUCUUAAAAUACAAUUUAUUAUAAAUAUAAUUCUUAAUUAUUAAUAUAAAAUUAAUUAAUUAAAUCUAAAAUUUCUAAAAAUUUAUCUUAUACUUAUUGUUAAACCUUCCUAUUUAUUAUUUUGUCAUUUUUAUAACUUGUUCAAUUUUUAUUUGUCUCAAUACUUUAUCCUUCAUCCACUAGAAUUAUUUUAACAUAGUACAUAGUCAUUUGAAGGCAUUUUAAUUCUAGGUAUAUUUGUGUGAGAGUAAAUGGGAGAAGGUUAUACGAUUUUUUUGCCAAAAUGAUUUUAAUAGGAUUCCUACUUUGUGUACGGAACUAUAAAAAUGAAAGUAAAAAUUAAUUUGUUUUGAAUCCAAACUAGUCAAAUUGAAAGACUUUUGUAAGCACGAUGCAACCUUGACGCAAUCAUGCAUGAUUCUGUCCCACCAAGCUUUUUCUUAAUAUAUUUUUUACAUUCAAUUUUGUAUAUUCUAAAGUUCAAAAUUCAUUUUUUAACUUUUUGGCUAAUAUAAUACUGACAUUUUAUCUGAAGUUAUUAAUUUUUUUAGAAUAAAAAAUUUUUCAAACAUAAAUUUGAAA